CGCAGCCCGCUGCGCGCGCCGCUUCCUGAGCGCGGCCGGCGGACCCGCCCGGCUGCUGGGCCCCAGGCGACAGCUGAGGUACAGGUGCCCCGGGUGCAACUCGCCUCCCCUCUGCUUGCCGCCGCCAUCGGAGCAGGCCUUGCGUCCCUUGUCCCGCCUUCCGCUGCCGCCGUCUUCCCGCCCGCGCCAAAUGCAGGCUGUCGCCCUCCCCGAGGAGAUCCGUUGGCUCCUGGAAGAUGCCGAAGACUUCCUGGCAGAGGGCUUGCGGAACGAGAACCUCAGUGCCGGUGCGCAGGACCAGAGAGACCACAUCCUCCGGGGCUUCCAGCAAAUCAGAUCCAGGUACUGCUGGGAUUUUCAGCCCCAAGGAGGAGACCUUGGCCAGGACAGCUCUGAUGACAACCCGGGUGGGCCCCACGGUCCAUCCCUCACCUCAGAUGCAUCCUUUUGGUCAGAUUAUCAGGAUGAGGGAGUGGAAAACAUCUUAAGAGGGGCCCAGGAGCUGGAUAACAUCAUCAAGCAAGGAUACUUGGAGAAGAAAAGCAAAGAUCACAGCUUCUUUGGGUCAGAGUGGCAGAAGCGAUGGUGUGUUGUCAGCAGAGGCCUCUUCCUCUACUAUGCUAAUGAGAAAAGCAAGCAGCCCAAAGGGACCUUCCUCAUUAAGGGCUACAGUGUCCGGAUGGCCCCCCACCUGCGAAAAGACUCCAAGAAAGAAUCGUGCUUUGAGCUGACCUCCCAGGAUAGACGCAGCUAUGAGUUUACAGCUCUUAGUCCAGCUGAAGCCAGAGACUGGGUGGAUCAAAUAAGUUUCUUGCUAAAAGAUCUGAGUUCCUCAACCAUUCCCUGUGAAGAGGAGGAGGAAGAGGAGGAGGAAGAGGAGAAGGAAGAGGAAGAAAUGUACGACGACAUUGAUGGUUUUGACUCCCCAAAGUCUGGUUCUCAGUGCAGAGCCGUGACCUGGCCUGAGCCUACAGAGGAAGAAGAGGACAUUUAUGAAGUCCUACCAGAUGACGACCAUGACUUAGAAGAGGACGCCAGCGGCACUCAUGGACGGCGAGUGGACUGUGCCAAUUAUUACCAGGGCCUAUGGGAUUGCCAUGGUGACCAGCCGGAUGAACUGUCCUUCCAACGAGGUGACCUCAUCCGCAUUCUGAGCAAGGGAACACACCCUUCUCUCCAUCCUGCCUUCCUGAAGAAACAUACCACCGGGAAUUCCCAUCCUCUACUCGGCUAUGGAUUCUUCUCUUCGCUGAACAGACCCAAAACCCUGCUACUUUACGUGACUUUAAACCGCCAAUAAAGCAAGCAGGAAGAGGACAGUCCGCCAGGUCUGUUCCUGAAAGCAGCCGGCUCCUAGCUUAUUGCCCUCUGUAAGCCUUGUCCACACACCAUCUCUACCUUCUCUACAAGACUGCAACAAAGAAGGCAACACUGGUGGCUCCCAAAGUACAAAUAAAGUUUAGAUGUUUCUUUUC